AUGGCGGACGAGCCAGUCGAUUCCGCUCCACCCGCCGAGUCCGCUCCGCCAGUCGAGUCCCCUCCACCCGUUCAGGCUGCGCAAGUCGUAGCCGAGUCCGCUUCACCUGUAGUGUCCACUCUUCCCGUCGAGUCCACUCCACCCGUCGAUUCCGCUUCCCCCGCCACCCCUUUCGCGGAUGUCUCCGCCACUCCGUUGCUGGCGGAAGGCGCCGGUUCGGAUGCACAGGCGCAAAAUCUUACUGAAGGAUCGGAGAAGCUAGGAGGCGAAGUGAAAUCGGGAGGGGAAGGGGAGGGACAAGAAGCGGGGGAGAAGUCGGGAGGGGGAGCGGAGGGUCAAGGGGAAGCGGAGCGACCCGAAUCAGGCGGGGGCUUUCCAGGGAGCGGAGCGGGGGUUCCGCGCAGCGCGGAUGAGGUAGCGGCAAUCAGCGCAGCUGUAGCCGCUGCGACAAGCGGAUCCGGCGGAGCAGCAGAAAGCUCGGAGGUGAAGCGGGGGAAGGGCGGAUGGGGAGGACUAGGAAGUGCGAGUGCGAAGAUAUCGCGGGUGCGGCUUGAUGACGUGGCGGAAGACGGAGAGGGGCAGAGCGACGAAGUCUCGCGGGUCAGCGGUCCCUCAGUGGGGGAGGGGGAGAAGGACAUGCGCGUGCCUCCGCCGACUCCGCGCACUCCGCGGCCGGGGGAGGAGGGGUGGCUCGCGCGCGUGGGGCGCGGGGAGUCGUGGAGCGAGGCGCUGCUGCUUCCGCUGACGGCGGGGUUUUCGGAUUUCGACGUGGUGGAUCCGAAGCAUGCGAGCAGCGACGCGCUCAUGCGAUGGCGCCGCAUGGCGCUCGUCAGAAACGCGACGCGGCGCUUCCGAUACACGGCGGACCUGCAGCAGAGACGAGAACAAGAAACAAAACCGCCCACUCCUAAGAUGUCGGUCGGCCUCUCUCGUUUCCGAGGAGCUGCCAAGGCGCUCAAGGCAGUGGCGCGCUUCAAAUCAGUGCUCCCCCGUCUGUCAGACGCGGCGUAUAGGGCCGCGCGCGCGGAGGGCUUUGGCGUGAGCGCGAAGCAGCUGGCGGUGAUGGUGGGGGGGCAGGACGCCAGCGCGCUCGAGUCGUUCGGGGGCGCGCAGGGGGUGGCGCGGCUGCUGGGGAGCAACGUGGCGGAGGGCAUAGGCGGGGGGGAGGGGGACCUGAUGCGCAGGCGCAAGGUGUAUGGCGCGAACACGUUCCCCGAGCAGCCUCCUAAGACGUUCCUGCAGUUCGUAUGGGACGCCAUGCAGGACAUGACGCUGUGGAUCCUGGCAGUGUGCGCAGUGGUGUCCCUGCUGGUGGGCAUCAUAACGGAGGGGUGGCAGGAGGGGUGGUACGACGGAGUGGGGAUUCUCAUGAGCAUUGUGCUCGUCGUAUUCGUCACUGCCACUAGUGACUACAGGCAAUCGCUGCAGUUCCAAAUGCUGGACCGGGAAAAGAAGAAGGUAGCGGUGGAGGUGGUGCGCGGUGCAGUGCGGCAGAAGGUGUCCAUAUACGACCUCGUGGCAGGGGAUGUCAUUGUGCUGUCCACGGGGGAUAUAGUCCCCGCCGAUGCUGUAUUUAUUGGAGGCCACAGUCUGGUGGUGGACGAGUCGAGCAUGACGGGCGAGAGUGUGCCGGCGUACAAGGGCAAGGACGCGCCCUUCUUUCUGGCGGGCACCAAGGUGCAGGACGGUCAUGGCACCGCACUCGUGGUGGGCGUGGGCAUGAACACGGAGUGGGGGCAGCUCAUCGCCAAGCUCACUGACAGUGGGGACGACGAAACGCCGCUGCAGGUGAAGCUGAGUGGGGUGGCAACCCUGAUAGGCCGCGUGGGGCUAUACGUGGCGCUGGUGGUGUUCGUGGUGCUGCUCGCGCGUCUGCUGCUCUCCACCAGCAUAUGGAACUGGUCCUUCCACCACACGCUGCAGGUUGUGGAUUACUUUGCAGUGGCAGUCACCAUAGUGGUCGUGGCCGUACCCGAGGGCCUACCCCUAGCGGUAACCCUCUCCCUGGCCUUUGCAAUGAAGAAGAUGAUGAGGGACAAGGCGCUCGUGCGCAAGCUGGCAGCGUGCGAGACCAUGGGGUCUGCCACGACCAUAUGCAGCGACAAGACGGGCACGCUCACUGCCAAUCAGAUGACCGUGGUGCAGGCGUGGGUGCUGGGGCGAGUGCGCAAGGUGCCCCUGUUGCAGCCCCAGGAAAUGCUGGAUAAGGAGGAGUGGAAGCUCCCAGCGUCACUCUCCGUGCCGCUCCUGCAAAACGUCUUCAUCAACACCAGCGGAGACGUGCAGCUGCCCACGCCACCCGCACCACCAUCCUCCUCCCCAGUGGUCCUCGGCACGCCCACAGAACAGGCCAUUCUCACGUGGGGUCUGCACCUCGCCUCGCCCUCCGCCUUCUCCUCCACUCGCUCCUCUGCCACCAUUCUGAAGCUCGAACCGUUCAACUCGCAGCGCAAGCGCAUGGCGGCGGCCGUUCGCCUGCCCGACGGGGGCGUGAGGGUCAUGUGGAAGGGCGCAGCGGAGAUUAUUCUUGCAAGCUGCACCCAUGCAGUGGUGGGGGUGGCGGCAGGGGAAGGGGAAGGUAGCGGGGACGGGGAGAAGGGGGGUUCUGAGGCAGCAGUAGUAGCGCCCAUAGAUCAGGAAGCGCUGGGGAAGGUGGUGGAGGAUUCUGCAACUGCUGCUCUGCGCACGCUGUCUCUGGCUUACCGGGAUUUGAGUGCGGAGGAGGUGGAGCAGAUGGGGUUGGUGAAGGGCGGCGAGUGGGUGGCGGAUGUGGCGAUUCCGGAUCAGGGGUUGACGCUGCUGGCGGUGGUGGGGAUUAAGGACCCGCUUCGGCCUGAAGUGCCGCGCUCUGUCUUGCUGUGCAAGCGCGCAGGGAUCAUGGUGCGCAUGGUAACGGGUGACAACCUGAGCACGGCCAUAGCCAUUGCACGCGAGUGUGGCAUUCUGACGGGCGACGGAGUGGCGGUGGAGGGUCCCAAGUUCCGAGUCAUGGGCGACGACGAGAGGAGGGAGCUCGUGCCCCGCCUGCAGGUGAUGGCGAGGUCGUCCCCCACGGACAAGCACCUGCUGGUGUCGCUGCUGCGGGAGAUGGGCGAGGUGGUGGCAGUCACAGGGGACGGCACCAACGAUGCACCCGCUCUCAAGGAGGCUGAGAUUGGGCUCGCCAUGGGCAUUGCAGGCACAGAGGUGGCGAAGGAGAGUGCGGACGUGAUAGUGAUGGACGACAACUUCUCAUCGGUGGUGAACGUGGCCAAGUGGGGGCGCAGUGUGUACACCAACAUCCAGAAGUUCGUGCAGUUCCAGCUCACUGUCAACAUCGUUGCCCUCAUCACCAACUUCGUCUCCGCCUGCAUCACAGGCACGGCGCCGCUAACGGCGGUGCAGCUGCUGUGGGUGAACCUCAUCAUGGACACACUCGGCGCACUCGCCCUCGCCACCGAGCCGCCCAAGGAGUCGCUCAUGCACAUGAAGCCCGUGGGGCGGCGCACGCCCUUCAUCACGCCGUCCAUGUGGCGCAACAUUGCCGGGCAGGUGGCGUUCCAGCUGCUCGUGCUCGCGCUGCUCAACCAAUUCGCCGCCUUCCUGUUUGGCCUGCACGGGCCGCACGCCGCCGCUACUGAGCGCACGCUCGUGUUCAACACCUUUGUCUUCUGCCAGCUAUUCAACGAGAUCAACUCGCGGGAGCUGGACGAAGUGAACGUGCUGCACGGCAUGCACCAGAACGUCAUCUUCCUCGCCAUCCUGCUCUUCUCCACCGUCUUCCAAGUCUGCCUCGUGCAAUACCUCGGCAAGUUCGCCUCCACCGUGCCGCUCACCCCGCUGCAGUUCGCCGCGUGCAUCUUCAUCGCGUCGCUGAGUCUCCCUGUGGCAGCAGCAGUGAAGCUGAUAGAGGUGCCGAAACAGUCUGUGGUUGCUAUGGAGAGGCUUACCAGCAGCAUCUCGUCACGCUUGCAGGUCCAAUCAAUCGGCAGCGGCGGCGGAUCGUACCGGCCGGACGGCGGAGCGGAGGCGUCAGGCGGGCUCGAGAAUUAUCAAGAUCAGGGUGGCGGGGUGCAUGUGGUAGGCGGAAUUGGCGGCGUCGGUGUAUCUUCCGUUGAUAAUACCUCUCACCAUCUCACUAACAUCGGCAGGCUGGAGUUAGGGUUAGGAAAUAGUAACGUCUCUUUGCGCGCCGGCGGUGCGCACGGCAUGACUCACGGCGUGGGUCACGGCGGUAUUCAGGGCUGGGGACAUGGCCGCGGGGCAGGCGUGCCCGCGCACUUUGAAUCCGGCUAUUCCCGCGGCGCCAACCCGGGUGAUGCUGCUGAUGCGCGCAUGACGUGGCCUGCGUCAGCGCCGAAGGCAUGGUCCGACGACGGCGCAGUGCGGAACAAGAUUGCGUCGUCGCAGGCGCGCGGCGAAUCUAGCUUUCAGAAGCACAGCGCGCCGGCCGCUUUUGGCGGCAGAGGGCCACAUGUUUCGUCCAACGUAAGCAUGGACUUGCCUAGCAGCAGACACGUAAGCAGCGGAAGGUUUGACGGCGCCGCGGACGGCGGAGACGUGGGGAACCGAGGCCCAGGGGGACCAGGGGGUUACCGCGGAACGAUGGCGCAGCCCCACGUGCGGAUGUGGGGGAAGGCGGAGCAGCAGGCGGCGGGGCAGAAGGGCGGGGGCGCGGAACAUGGGGGGAGGCAGGGGGAGAGGCAUGCGGAAAGGCUUUCUGGCUGGGACCGCGGGACGGGUUUGGGAAUUGGGUUUCGCGGGGAGAGGAUGGGUGCGCGCGCGUGCGCGCAAGAGGUAGCGGACGCGCAGACAAGGGACGAUGGCGCAGGGGAAUCGGGGGACUCUGAUGACAUGCGCGCGCAGUUCGAAAGGGGAGGCGCAGCGCAGCAGCAGAAACAGCAUCAAAUACAGCAGCAAGAGCAGCAGCAGCAGAAGCAGCACGAGCAGCAACAGCAACAAGGCGAGCAGCAACAGCAACAACAGCAACAGCAACAGCAGCAGCAACAGCAACAGGAGGCGGAGCAACAGGUUGACUGUAAGACGAGCUCGGUCGCGAUCAACAGCGGAGCACAGAGGGGCGUGAGGAGGAGCAGGGGCGGCGGUGCGAGCGCGGGGAGCGGAGGGAGCGGAGAGUUUCGUGUGUAUGAAGGCGGUCAGAGGCAGGAGCAGCACAUGGGGAGCGCGAAGGCAGGAAAAGUGGGGCAAGUGGGAGGAGGGGAAGCACCACCGGGAUUUAGACCAUUCAGCCCUGAUGUCUUGCUCCGUGGCGGCAAUGGCGGUGGCGGCGGUGGUGGCGGUGUCCCCGCCUGGUGGCUGCAUCAGGGGCAAGCUGCUGCGCCCUCUCUCCCCCAAUACCCCCCAUUCUCUGCCAACGCCCCCGCGCCUUCCGCCUACGGGCCUGCAAUCGCCCCUUCCGCCUCCACCGUCCCCCCUUCCGCCCCUGCUCUCCUCACUUCGGCGUCCGCGCAUUCCCACCUCCCGCCUGCGCCCUGGCCCGCAUCUGCGCCCACACAAUACACCAUAGACCCUAGUGAUUCUUAUUUGAAAAGGUCUGGUGGUUUGCCUUCAGCUGCAGCAGAUGCACAUGCGGGGGCGGACGGGGGAAGGGGAGGGGGAGGAGCAGGGGGAGGAUCGGGGGGAGGGGAAGGAGGUGGGGAAGGGGAAGGGAUGGGCGUUUCUGGAAGGGUGGCGACAACAGGAAAGAGCAAGGCGCGUAUGGGGAUACUCCCUUGUGGAGGCAACCUGAGAGAAAGGUAUCCAUGUUCCAUCUGGCGUUUUCCGGAUGGGAUGUCUUUGUCGUCUCGUGCUGCGGCUGCUGCGGGUGUGGGCAUGGAUGGGAUGGGUGCGGGGCAGGGGGACCGAGGGGGGGUGAGUGUGGGGAAACUUGGUGGAAGCAUGGGGAAUGUGGGUGGUAUGGGGAGUGUGGGGAACAUGGGUGGUGUGGGUGGUGUGGGGAGUGCUGGGAAUAUGGGUGGUGUGGGGAGUUUGAGGAAUGAGCCUUGGCAAGUUGGGGGACUGAACAGGCAGGUGGAAGAAAUGAAGGAGCAGUCACGGCGAGCAAAGGAAGAGACGGAUAACUUGAGAGCCAAGGCAAGCACAGCGGAGCAGGGCGGAGAGAAGGACGGAGCGAAGGGAGGAGAGAUGGGAGGGGAGAAGGGAGGGGAGAAGCGAGGGGAGAAGGGGGAAGAGAAGCGAGGGGAGAGAGCGAGGGAGGAGAGGAGGGAAGGGCAGCAGAGUCGGUGGUUACAGCCGGCAAUACAACGGAUGGAGAAUCAGAUCGUGGUGCUGACGGGGAGAGUGCUGCAAGUGCAGCAUGAGAGAGAUAACCUGCAGCAGCAGCUGAGGAAGUUUAAAGAGAAAGUGGUGGGUCUAGAGCAGGAGAAGGAGCAGCUAGAAGCACAGGUGGCGAUACAGAGAGAGCGGCUAGAGCAGAUGGAGCAGGUGGGGCAGGUGGGGACGAUGGGGCAGAUGCAAGGAGCGGCGGCAGCAUCGGUUGGUGAUGAGAUGGAGAGGGACGAGCAGCAGCAACAGCGCGGGCAAGGCGUUGUGAUAAUCGGCUUGUGCAAGGCAGAGCGUCGUUUCUAG